AUGCCGGUUCAGUAUGGUAAUUUCAGUAUUGCUGAUUCUACAGUUCACACUAGGAAGCAUGUAAGCAUUUUUGACGUGUCGCACAUGUUACAAACUCGUAUAACGGGCAAAGACAGAAUUCGAUUUGUCGAGUCUAUAACCACAGCAGAUGCAGAAGGUUUGAAACCUAAUCAAGGAACGCUUUCAGUUUUCACGAAUGAGAAGGGUGGUAUCAGAGAUGAUCUGAUUUUUACUAAAACGGAUCAAGGUUAUAUUUACAUGGUUACGAAUGCUGGCUGUAUUGACAAAGACUUGCCGUAUCUUUUAGAGAAGUCGAAGGAAUUUAGGAAAAAGGGUGGCGAUGUGGCUAUUGAGACUCUAGACGGAAGAGGUCUUGUUGCAGUUCAAGGUCCUGAAAUGGUAAAGCUGUUGCAACCGGAAACUGACAUUAACCUUAGUAAACUAUACUUCAUGCAUUCUACUAUUGGUACAGUUUGUGGUAUUCCGGACUGUAGAGUAACACGAUGUGGUUAUACAGGAGAAGACGGCGUUGAGAUUUCUGUUGAUCCUAAAAAAGCUUCUGAUCUGGUUGAGAGGUUGUUAGGGUCGAAGAAUGCUUCUGCAAAAUUGGCUGGUCUUGGAGCACGUGAUGCAUUACGUUUAGAAGCUGGUUUAUGUCUUUAUGGGAAUGAUAUUGACGAAAAUACUACACCAGUAGAAGCUGGAUUGUUGUUUGUAAUUGCUAAGCGACGAAGGCAAACGAAGGAUUUUCCUGGUGCAGAAAAAAUAAUCUCACAAAUUGAAAAGAAAAAUGUACCGAAGAAACGAGUUGGUCUUAUAGCGGCUGCAGGCCGAGCACCUCGAAGUCAUCUUCCUGUUUUGGACCCUCUGAAUAAGGCUGCCGUGGGCUUUGUUACUUCAGGUUGUCCAUCUCCAUGUUUGAAAAAGAAUAUUGCAAUUGCGUAUGUUGAUGGUGACCUAGCAAAAGCUGGGAAAGAAUUAGCAGUCGACUUUGGCAAUAAAUCGACUUCUGUUGUUAUUACAAAAAUGCCUUUUGUUCCAACGCAGUAUUAUAUUGAAAAGACACAAAAGUAG